UCUUUUCUCUUAAGAAAGUCCAUUCUUUAGUAGAAAAGAAGAUGGGAACCAUUGAUGAAAUAAAUAAAGUUAAAGUGGAUAUUGUUCGUCGUAUGAAAUAUCCCAGAAAACGGUAUUUAAUUCAAAAUUCGCCACCAACUGAAGAAGAAUAUGAAUUAGCUUUGGAGAGUGUAGAUUUAUGCUGGGAAGCGUUUUUAAACUAUAAAAAUAAAAAUGACUUAAUCAAGUUUUUAAAGCAUAAUUUUGAAAUGUUCUACGAACUUAGUUUAAGAAGAACUGCUUUGAUAGAUAAUUCUACAGAUCAAUUUAAGAUAAGACAAAUGAAAAAUAUAGCAAGAUACUAUAUCAUAAAAAAUCAUGGAACUGUAACUAGACCAUCGUUCGAUUUCAUUGGACCGUUAAAGGUUUGCGGAGUUCAUCGUGAUGUAAAAUAUUGUUAUGAAUGGUGUAAAAUCUUACAAGAAAUUGGAGACGAUUGUUUUAAGUUUUCUUUGAUAGGAGAUUCCCGUAAAGCUUAUUUCUACGGCUGUGUUUUCCUAAAAUCGACUGUUGCUAAAAUCUACGGAGAGAACGAGAAAUAUAAACCAAUUCUAACUCAAAUAGCAUUAAAAUUAUUAGAUGUUGAAUUUCAAUGUUAUUUAGAUGAUAAAUCGUUUGAUCUUUGGGAAAGUCGACUAACAACUGCUUAUAUGAUUGUUCCUGACAUAAAGAGGAUGGAUCAGUCCUUUUCUCAUUUGUAUCUUAGACUGGCUGAAAUAUGGAGAGAUGGCAAUCAGAUUAAUAUGGCUUUACGAUGUAUUGAAUUAGCGGAAGAUCGUCAGAAUGAAGAAGUGUUUGAAGGAAAACGGAGUCAACUUGAUCAGAAUGUCCUUACAUUAAAAAGAGAAUUACAAGAUAUGUGGAUGUCAAGACAAAAGGGAGAUGGUAACGAAAUCAUAGAUAAUUAUUAUCUGAAAGAAGCAUCUACUUACUUAAGUUGUACUGAACUAUGCUUUGAUUCAGCAGAAGAUAGCGAGAACUUUGAAACGAAUCAAAAAAUUAGGUACAUAUGGAAAAAAGAAGCUGCUGAGCUCUGUUGGCUUGAAUGGUUGGAGAUAAAUAGUACAUAUUUUGAUAAUGAGAUAAGGGAACAUUUGAGUACCAUAAUUUCUGACUUUAUAAGAGUAACAAUAAAACGACAGAAACAUAAAGAAGAUCGCUAUCUUAUAAUGACUGCAGCAACUGCAAUUUGCCGUUUAGGAUUAAUAAAUUGCGUGUCGAGAAACAUAGUAAAAGAUAUUGAGACUCUUUUCGACAAAUGUAAUAUUCCCCCAACAGAGAAUGAUUUAUUCAAAAUUGCUACCAUUUGUAAAUUUUUGGGGAAUGAGUGUUAUCGUUAUGACAAUCGAUUAACAAACUCUAUUAAAGCUUUUAAUAGUGGAACGGAACUGCUUGACUUGUUAAAGAAAAAAUUCGGUUCAUCCGCUGCGCAAGACAGAAAAGUUAGACAGUUAGCAGUUCAUUUAAGAAGAAACAAAGCGUUAGCUCAAUUAAAACUAGCCAAAGAGGAACCAGAUUAUUAUUGUGAUGUUGCACUGAAAUCGGCUCAAGAAGCUUUAUAUUUAUCCCCCCCAGCUGAUAUUGAAGGUAUGACAUUUUAUGUCAUAGCAAAAAUUUACAAGGAAAAGAAUGAAAUACUUAAGGCCUUAUCUUACGCUCUAGACGCAAAACAAUGCGAAGUGCUCUCAAUACAAGAAGGAAUGAAAACUCGGAUAGACCCUUCAAUUGAUCAAUUAGAGCGGGAAUUAAGUAUGAAAUUUAGCGAAAUAUGACAGAAAAAAGAAUCCAAGUGUUCACAAACUGAUUAUAUUUUAUUGAUAAUAAUUUUUUUUUAAAUAGAAAAAACAGUAUUUUUUUAAGAUCAAAUAAAA